AUGAAGGCACACGACAGUGACAAAACACUCGAUGUAGUAGUCAGGGGCUAUCCCCACACUCAGCGUCUCCACAUACAUGGGGACGAGCCGCAUAGCCAACUCCAGCCACCACAUAUUCCCGUUGGAACAACUGCCCUCCAAGAGCGUCUCCAAAAGGAGGAGCUGUUUCUGACUAGUCUGCUGGCUCAAAAACGUCAAGAUCGCAAGAGAAGUCAAGAAGAACUCGCAGCCCAGGUGGACUGGAUCCUCCAGUGCAUUCCCAUCGAUAUGCUCACCUUUCAGUGGCUCGACAACUGCACCAUUUCGCUUGGGGUUCGAGCCUUCCUCGUGGAACACCUCCUUCCAUCCCUCGUCCUCGGACUGGAACACAUUCUCCGCGAGGCGGACAAGCGAGGUCUCUGCACAGAGAAUGGCGUUAAAAUGGACGUCAAUUUUAAUCCCAUAAAUCGGCUUGCUGAGUUCCUAAUGCGAAACAACCCCAAGCACGGCAAUUUGACGCGAAAAGUGUGCCUAAAUCCCUACACUAAGGGAAUGCGACAGGUGCUGAAUCUACUGAAACAGGACCUCUUUUUGAAAUCAGACACGGAGUUGGCUAGACACACCGCGGCGUCAGAAGAGCGUAAGCUUGAAUGGGAGAAAAUGAAGGAAAUGGUUGCAAGAGAACUGGAUGAGAAGUCGAGACAGCUGGAACCCAUGUUUGAUUGCUUCAGAGUUAAUGAAAGUGAAACUGUAAACGCUGCCGUGGUCCAAAAGUCCAUCCGAUCUUUCCUUAAAACUGUUCUGAACGUGCCAGAAGAUUUGCAGUUGAUUGAGAGACCGAUGGUUCACGUGGAGCACGUUGAUGUACACGUCGAAGACUAUGUUCGGUCAGAGUUCAUGGCUGUAAUUGCCUCUGUUCAAUUCCAGUACGUCAUGGAAUGCGUGCGACCAUUGUCAAUGGAGGUGUUUGGGGCCCUGUUUAAUCACAUGCAGCGAUGCGCGCGAGAAUACCAAGAGCACGUAAAUCGACGCCUUCGCCUCGGCGUGAGCACGGAAAUCGGUAUCGGAUUCGACAAAGACGCUGAUCCCGAAUUGAACAGGGCUCAGGUAUUUGAAAUGUUUGAUCAAUUUGCCAACGAGGCCAAUGAACAGCUUCGAAAAACCUUGGUUGACCCUCACGAAUGGCGAAUUCACGAGUACCAUCUACGACAUUCGAAAUUUGAUCCAUGGGACCAGUCCGUGCAAAUCCUUCCCUACAGUCCGUCGAAGAUCUUCGAUCAGCCCCUCCAGAUCGGGACACCAAAUUAUGCCCAGGACGACCUUGAAGUGGGCUUUCUGUCGCAAACAUGCCGAAAUACCUGCCCGCCAGAACCAAAACAUGACGAGAAUGGCGGUGUUAAAUAG